ACGACUAUACCAACUACAUUCCUUCUGCUUCGGGCGCGCCUGGAGCCUGAAGUGUAUGUGGUGCUCGAGCGAAUGUCCAAUGCACCAGCAAACGGGACGCUAUUAUUGGAAACCUCUCCGUCGUCAGCAUGAAGCCUUUCGGUUCAGUUCUCGUCUUGAUCGUGAGCCUCCUAUUACCUCAAUUUGCAGUCGUGUUUUCGGGUGAACCGCUUCCCAACCCGCCGUUGCCCCCAUGGUACCCUCUCGGGGCUUGGCAAAUCGAGUCGUUCUUCGGAGUCCGUGAGACGAUCGGCCCUCCGCCGAACUCAACCAACAUUACCAGCCUCAGCAUCGUGCUCGUCAACCCCAACAGGGUCCCGGCGGUGGAGCUGGGCAAGGGUGACUACAUUUACUACGAUGCUAGUGUAGGGAUAUGCUGGGUACAGUGGAACGACCUAGGCCUCCCCUACAAAAGUCCCUGUGGGAAGAGGCAUGUUGGCAGUAUCUCGGUGUCAGAGUGGGAUGUGGAGAUACGGAGUACCGGUACGAAACCUUCGUAUUAUAUCGAUUUCACCGUAUCGCUCUCCGACACGACGCUUUUUUUGUAGCAGGAUUGCUACAAGCUGUACACGGCGUCUGCCAGGUUCGAAGUGGGGGGGUCCUGAACGAG